AUGCGGCCUAACCGCUCAUCUACUCAGACUUCAGAAUCUUCUCCUAAUGUGAAGAAGCAUAGUGGUUCUUCCGGCUCUGCUGAGCAGAAUGAAGCCGCCGCAGUUCCUCGAGUUAGUCCAACUACGCUCAAUAAUGAAAGAUCUACGGAAGCAUUCCUGGUUCGAAGCAUUUGUAAACCACUCCGUAAAAUUGUAAGCCAAAACAGGAGGAGACAUCAGACUGAUGGUUUCGAUCUCGAUUUAUCAUACAUCACUGAUCGCAUAAUAGCUAUGGGUUAUCCUGCCGAUACAGCUGAAGCUGUUUAUAGAAAUAGCAUGAAUGACACCAGAGAGUUUCUUGAGAAAAAUCAUAAAGAUCAUUACAAAGUUUUCAAUCUGAGAGGAUUGUAUGCUUAUGAUCCUAGCAAAUUUCAUAACCGUGUGAGAUUCUUUGAAAUGACUGAUCAUCAUCCUCCUAGAUUGGAGAUCAUGGCUCCAUUUUGUCGCGAAGUUCAUGAAUACUUGGAAGCAGAUCCGUUGAAUGUUGUUGCAGUUCAUUGUAAAGCCGGAAAAGGUCGUACGGGUGUUAUGAUAUGUGCUUAUUUAGUUUACAUCAAUUUUUAUCCUUCUCCAAGACAAAAUAUGGAUUAUUAUUCUAUUGUUCGUACGAAAAAUAACAAGGGUGUUACCAUUCCAUCGCAAAGACGCUACGUGUACUACUUUUCUCAUUUAAGAAAACAUUCCUUGAACUAUAUGCCUCAUAGGAUUGAACUAAUAGGAGUUUACUUUGAAAAAAUACCGAAUAGAUCAGCUCUAUUGAGCAAGCGUAGUGGCUUCGAGUUGCUUGUUUCAAAUAUGGAUGUUGACGUUUUCCGUGGAGAUCCUAUGUGGCUCACGAACGAACAGUGGAAUGAAGAAGAGGAAUGUUGGAAUGGCAACGUCGUUCCUCAUGGCGGAGAUCACUAUGAUCCUAUAACUCCUGUUCAAGGGAAUGAUGUCAUUUCUCGGCGAGCUUGGGGAUGGACAGUUCCCCCGAACAAACGCGUUUUCUUAGAAGGAGAUGUCAGAGUAAAUUUGCAUACGAGAACUAAACGUUUCCCCUUGAACAGUUCCAAGGGAAAGCUUGGCCAUGUAUGGUUUAACACCAUGUUCUCGUGUCCCGGGUUCUGUGGUAGCGUGUACCGACAUGGAGAUGAAGCACAUCCUUAUCCGGAUGGAGCAACGACAAUUGCUGAACGUAAAACUCAACCACAUCGUCCAAAAACUGGAAGCACAAGUUUACCUAAUUCUCCACCUGGCACUCCGAUUUCGCGUUGUGUUGGCGGAAGCGUUUCUGGACGUAAGGCUGCUCGAACUCCUUCGUUUGAAGCUCGGAAAUCGACGGGAAGAUGUACAAUGUUCCAAAUAAACUCCGUAGUGAGACGGCUUACUGAUGCCGCUUCAAGGAAUAGUGAACCCCAUAUUGAUCAUAAUGCUGAAGAACGUAUUUCCUCUCGCAAACUUGAUCGAAAGAGUGGGAAAGACAAAGACAGGCCUUCUUCUACCUGGAACGAAGAUAUGGAGCUAAUGCUUCCACCGGGAUUAGAUAGGCAUUGUCCCAAGGAAAGUUUAGAACUACUAUAUGGAAGAGAUAAGAGCCCUCCUCGAGUGCGUAUUGAAGAAAUGCUACGGGAAGCACACCAGAAAGAUUUAAUCCAAGAUUCAUAUAAUAAUCGUCGUUUGAGUGUGCCACAAGAAGGAAACCCUGUUAGUUCAGCCCCAGAAGGACGUCCUAACGCUUCUGGACCUUAUCUAAUUCGUAGAGCUCCUGAGGAGCAUGUUCAAGUAUUCUCGGUAUUAGAAAUUGACCGAGCCUGUAAGAAGAAUAUUGAGCCAGGAUUCCAAAUGAUUAUCGUCACUCGUUGUCUUAGACCUGAAGAUCAACCUCUAGCAGAGAUUUUCACGAGGCUUACGUAUGAAAAGCAAGCAGAGAAGGAUAAAAUCAAGCAGGAAAAGACUAACCCUAAGUCGAAGAAACUUCAAGGGGUAGACUCGGGAGCUUCGCUUGGUGUGGAACAUGAGAUUUUUGAUUCUACACUUGCAAAAACCGGAACUGGCUCUGGUCUUUCUACUGAUCCGCGUAGAAGCGAUCCUUUCUUGAGCAGGUACUUUCAUCGACAACGGGAGGAUUCUGUUUCCGUUUACCCUGGCCUUUCUUAUAGAUGCCCUCUUCUACCACAACAGUCAUGCUGUGAGUCUGUUGAAUUGGCUAAAUCUCCAAGUGAAGAUAAACCCUCAUGUACUGAUUGGGAAGCUGGAUGUACUGAGUAUUCUUCUGGAGACAUGAACGAGUUAGACAUUGAAGUUCGCAGUUAUCAUCCUGAUGCCGGUGAUUAUCAGUCUGGAAGUAGUCGAAGCAGUAGCAGCAGUGAUGGGUGUGCUGCCCCUGCUGAUGGAUGA